GCACCCUUUAAAAUGAUGGACAGUCCCGAGGCACCCUUUAAAAUUAUGGACAGUCCCGAGGCACCCUUUAAAAUGAUGGACAGUCCCGAGGCACCCUUUAAAAUGAUGGACAGUACCGAGGCACCCUUUAAAAUUAUGGACAGUCCCGAGGCACCCUUUAAAAUUAUGGACAGUCUUGAGGCACCCUUUUUGAUUAUGGACAGUCCCGAGGCACCCUUUAAAAUUAUGGACAGUCCCGAGGCACCCUUUAAAAUGAUGGACAGUCCCGAGGCACCCUUUAAAAUGAUGGACAGUCUUGAGGCACCCUUUAAAAUG